AUGUCGCAAACCUUAAAUCAGCUCCCGGAGGAACCCCAGCUGGCCGCGCCGGCUCACGUCAAAUACAUCCAAAGUUUGGAUUCGAGGAAAGAUGAAUAUGACUACUGGCUGACUGAGCAUCUCCGACUCAACGGGUUGUAUUGGGGACUGACAGCCUUGCACCUCCUUGGUCAACCCGACGCCCUCCCACGCGCUGAGACCAUCGAUUUUGUGCUCUCAUGUCAGCACGAGAAUGGCGGCUUUGGCGCCGCGCCCGGUCAUGAUGCCCACAUGCUCUCUACCGUCAGCGCGGUGCAGAUCCUUGCCACAGUCGACGCCUUUGACGAGCUCGAAACGCGAGGGAAGGGCAAGGCACAGGUGGGGCAGUAUAUCGCCAAUCUCCAGAACCGUGAGACGGGUACAUUCGCCGGCGACGAGUGGGGGGAGGAAGACACCCGGUUCCUCUACGGCGCUUUCAAUGCGCUGUCGCUCCUCGGCCUUCUCAACCUCGUCGAUGUUGAAAAGGCAGUCAACCAUAUCGCGGCAUGUGCCAAUUUUGACGGUGGAUAUGGCGUGAGCCCAGGUGCCGAGUCCCAUUCGGGACAGAUAUUUACAUGCGUCGCCGCCUUGACGAUCGCCGGCAGACAGGACCUCGUGGACAAGGAGCGGCUUGGUCGGUGGCUGAGCGAAAGGCAGAUUGCCGGCGGCGGCCUCAACGGCCGACCGGAGAAAAAAGAGGAUGUCUGCUACAGCUGGUGGGUCCUAAGCAGCUUGGAAAUGAUUGGCAAGACACACUGGAUCGAUAAGGACCAGCUCGUCGCCUUUAUCCUACGCUGCCAGGACCCCGAGCGAGGCGGCAUUGCAGACAGACCCGGUGACAUGGUCGAUGUGUGGCACACUGUUUUCGGCCUUGCGGGGCUGAGCUUGCUCCAAUAUCCCGGUCUACAGCCCGUCGACGAGGUUUACUGCAUGCCUAAGUCAACGACUAGGCGGGUGUUGGGCUGA